UUCCGUCCGACUAUUCGGGCGCAGACACCAUCGCGUGCUUCCUAUGUAUCAGUGCUUGAGUCUUACGCACAUGCCUGUUUUGGGGAGCUGCCGUGCCGAGCCUAGAGUCCCAGAGUAUGUAUGUAGACGGUGAUGGACGGGACAUGAACGCGCCGCGCAGUGCGCUAUCCGCAACGGUGCUGAAGCCGAUGCUAUCUAAAGCGGUGCAUAAGGCCGAUGAAGAGAAAGCUGACAGCCGGAUCGAGGCUAUCCGGCUAGCUGUGUACCUAGCUAAGGCCAGUGGAACCUCCGAGCCUACAAAUCUUCAGAUGUACCGUACAUAUAUACCGCGUGGAGCCGGGCUUCUGGCCGGCUUUGCGUGUUGGAAAAGCCCAAACAUAAUGGACAUACGGCGUGCCGCCUUUGGAGUAGUGGUGGUUGCCGGAGCGUAUGGUAAAGAGGAAGGAACGCGUGUGCUCGGAACGGCUUCUUGCUCGGAACACAAAGCCCGGAAUUCGCACCAUACAUACAGACUACUGGCGAGGCCCGGGAGUCGGCCAGAUCUUGACGACGACGAUCGACUGGAUCCGAGCUGCAAGCACGGUGCUGAGCAUGAGAGAAAGCGGCGAGCUGUGCUAGGUAUACCAAAGCUAGUUGCGCCAAACUGCAUGAUGUUUAACUGUCAUCUCAUCGACAGACGUCCGCUCAAUUCUGUCCCUUCCCGGAUCUGGACUCUGAAGGUUGAAAUGAUCACGAGUUUUGCGCCUUGUUCGUCUUGUUCGCCGCACAAUCUCUCAUCUCUCAUCGCCCAGAUGAUCAAGUUAUGGACAACGAACAUUGGCAGAUGAAUUUCCUCCCCUCAAGAGUGAAGGCGAGCUUGAAUGCAUGCAUGCAAAUGUCCCAGGAAAGUUCGACCGUUGAUUGGGAUUCAACAACUCCACACAAUUCUCUCGGAGGUACUUUGUUGAAGGGGCUGCAGGCUGUGGUUAUGGCUCCGUCGAGGGAUACCUAUCGAGGGGAGCCUGGUCGGAGGGAGGUGUUUGAUGGAUGGGG